GUUACCUCGAAGGAUACUGGAUCGUACCGAAGCUGCGCACACAUCUCAAUGAAACAGACAAAUCCUUGGAACUGGAUUUAUAAACAGUCUGAUAUAUAACACUUUUGGAACACUUAAUCAACUCAAGGACUGCUUUUGACGAGCAGAAUGAAAGCACGUGCCCCACCUCCGCCACAGGCCCCUCAGCCCGCCCCACGCCACAUCUUCAGAAACGCUGAUGAAGGAGGCAUGGAGGCCAAGGAGAACGUGCUAGGACCCAUGGUGGAUUUCAAGUUAACUCUGCCACAUGGAUACCAGACUUCUGUAACAGAGGAAGGCAGUAAGGCGCUGAUGGACCUGCUGGUCGAGCUCUGUAGCCGCUACCACCUGAACCCGGCACUGCACACACUAGAGCUGCUGUCACCCGAGGGUCACCCUCUGGGGUUCAAGCCCAACGCCUUCCUGGGCUCCCUCAACGUGGCCUGUGUCCUCAUCAAGGAGAAAGUCUGGGAGGAGAAAGUGGCACGCAGACCGGCACCUAAAGUGCCAGAGAAAACAGUGCGUUUGAUGGUGAACUACCACGGCAGCCAGAAGGCAGUGGUACGGGUCAACCCGUUGGUUCCACUCCAGGCUCUGACACCAGUCAUCUGUGAUAAGUGUGAGUUUGACCCUGCUCAUGUCCUGCUCCUGAGGGACGGCAUCAGUCGCCACGAGUUACCGCUGGAUAAAUCUCUGACAGAGCUGGGGAUAAAGGAGCUCUACGUACACGAUCAAACGCUAGUUCUCCUGCGUAAAAUGGCCUCUGCUCCUGUUCUAAACUACUCAGACUCCAUUCGCUCCAGUACCACCAGUUUGGGCAGAGCAGAGAAGAAAGGCCUCCUGGGUAUCUUCCAGUUCGGCAGGAGGAAAUCCAAGACGGAGGAAACAUCUGUGGACAUGGAUGACUGUGAUGAUAAAGUAAUUCAAAAUACUGACACACAACCCAAUGGAGGGUCCAGGGUCUCCAGUGUAGAAGAUCGGUCCAUCACCUUGGCCCAGUCUCAGUCAGUAGCAAAUAUGUCCAGGAUGGCUGAAAUGAAGAAGAGACGGGCUCCAGCACCGCCGGAGGCCCCAACACCCAUCAUGGGACAUGCUGGCUUUGAUGGCUAUCAGAUGGGACUUGGCUCAGAAAGCCAGCAGAGGAAAAGAAAGGCUCCAGCACCUCCUCCCACCCCAGCUUCGAUCUCUGAUGACACUUCAGACUCUGCUGCUCCCACUCCUGACAUUUACACCACUGAAACACCUACCCCAGCCUUCCGCACCAAGGUGGCAGAGUCCGCUCCAGUGUCUUCUACCACUGUGAUAGUGCACACAAUAAAACCAGUCCCCUUGAAAACAGUAGCACAACCGGCCAUCCCCACCACCAGUUCCCCAACCCCAAGUAGCAGCACCACUGACAGCCUGGCCACACAAGAUUCCAGCUCUGAACUCAGCCACAGUCUUGAUGACUCAGACGCUGACCUGGACCAGGCCGGUUCCAGUUGCAGCACACUCACCAGCAGCACAGCGAGCGGGUCUGUGCGAAUGCAGCCUGCAAAGAAAAGCCCCAGCAGCAGGAUGGAGGAAUCAGAGAGGUCGAGUAGCAUGGCUGUCAAAUCCAAUCAAGAGGGGGCCUCAGUCAGCAGCUCCAGGUCGGAGACCGAGUCGGCUCACAACCUGAAACUGGAUGAAGUCGAGAGCAACAGACACAGUGCAAUGGGAACCAUCGAUCAAGCAGCGCCACCCAAACCCCGUCGUUCCCCGGCCCUGGCACUGGCACAGCGCACCCCCUCCACUCCUCCCCCGCCCUCCCCUCCCACUGAGCUCACAGAAAAUCACUCCCCAGAGAAUCCCAUGGUGAUGGAGGAAGCAGCUCCCCAGUCCUGGCUCCACUCCAUGCGGAGCUCUGCAGCCAGUGGCCAGAGAGCAGAGACUGAAACACCUGAGGAGGAAACUGUGUCACUGGGCAGCAGCAGCGGUGGCAGCAGCCUGCCUGACCAGGGUUACGCCGCUUCAGAGGGCAUGGCAGAGGGCGAGGAUUCGGGCAUGGUCAGCUCUCCGUCCGACACUCAACCCACAUCCCCAGAUGGGAGUUUGUCUCUGGAUGGAAGUAGCGGAGCAGGCGGAGGAGAGAGACUGCUGGGACCAGCACGGGACAACUCCAGUGACAGUGACGAGGGCUGUGCCACCUGGGGAUCAAGACACAGACACUGUGACAUCAGCGGCCAGGAAAAGUCAAGCAAAUUAAAAGACAGCUAUGACGAUGACCCAAAGCUCACAGCCCAGCUCCAUCGGACUUUGGCAGACUUUGAAGCAAACAUUGCCGAACAAAUAGAUAUUGUCUCAGUGAAAGAGACUCCCUAUACCAUGUCUUUGGACAGCAAUGAUGUGCCAGUGUCUGUAGUGGACAUGGAUGUGCCAGUCACAGCCAUAGAUGAAGUCCUGGAGGAAUACGAACGUGAAAUUGCGGAAAAUGAGGCAAAGUCCCUCACCAGGACAAAGUCAUCUAGCAGCAAAGGUUUAGGUUUAUGUCAACAAUCCAGUACAGAGCCACAGAACAAAAACAACAAUGCUUGCACAGCUGCUGAAAGUAAUAAAAGCAGCAGUGCAAAUACUAAGCAGACAUCUCAACCCAAGCAGCACAGGAAGGCAGCUGAGAGCAAGUCUUUAGGUGAUACACACAAUCAGAAGAUAAUAGAGAUGAAAAUUAAAGACGCAACUAUCGCCAAUGCCUACAGUGCGAAAGAGGAUAAACAAAGAACAACAUCAGCGGUCAAAUCUGAUGUCGAGGUGCAGAAACCAAGCAAGAGCACAGAUAUCAAACCUGAUCCUGUCAAAAGCAACGCUCAGUCUUUUCAAGAGAAGAAACCUGUUCAACCACCAUCCAGUCAGAGAUCAGCGUCGACAGAAAGAGUUGAACAGAUGCACAGAGUUUUUCCAAAUAACUCCAGCUCUAGCAGUUCACAGGGUAAAAUCACUCGCAACGUCACAUCGCGCUUCGGCAUGAAAACUUUCACUGUGGUCCCUCCAAAACCUUCCGUCAUGCAUUCCGCUACAGGAAAUUCAGCUGACACAUCAAUUGCAGGCCCCAUUAAGAUUGACGAUCAAGGAAACAUGAUGAAAAUGGGUAUUUCCCUGAGCAAAGUUGGUGGUUCGUCUGAGUCAGGGAUCAAUGCCUCAAUUCCUGAAUCUCCUCUUCUUGGAAAAGCCAAAGCUUUUUGGAGCUCAAAUGAGAGACAAGAAAGUCCUGUGUCCCAAAACAAAGGUCAGAUUAAUAAAGCUAAGGACAACACUCCAUUGUCGAUUUCAGACAGUACAUGGAAGACCAGUAACACUGAGCACCUGCAAAGAACAAAAAGUAUACCAUAUAAACCUGCAGAGAAACUCCAGCCUAAAGAGAGGGUCAAAGAAGAAGUUAAAAAACCAGUGAAAGACAUCCACGUUGCUAAGGAGGUAGAGAUGGAGAACAAGAUUUCAGUGUCCAAAAACAUUCAGCAGCCAAGUAAUAAACCUGUCCUUCCUGCUCCACUCCUUCCAGACCCGAGAAGAGACCUGUUAUUCCUCAAACCAUCCAGGCGAACUUCAAGUCAUUAUGUGGCAUCUGCCAUCAAUAAAUACACCCCAAAGACCUCAGCUAAACCUAACUCCAUUCCCAACAUCCCUGAAUCCUCUGUGAAAGCACAGGCUGUCGGCUUCCAGAGAUUCGGUCGCUCCAUACAAGUGAAUCCACACCAGUCCUCCCAGUCAUCUUUGUCAGAGAAUAAGGAGAACGACUCUGCUUCUAAACCUAACCCUUCUGGUCCCAAGAGGUCUAUGAGCUUCCCAGAGUAUGUGUCGGGGAGCCAGAGAGAUUUUGGAGAAGUGAGGCCAGACAGGGGAGGAUUUGGAAGUUGCGUUGGACCCACCAAAGGAAGCUCUAACACGCUGGAAAGAGAAACGGCCAAGAAUCAGCACAUUCAGUCUAGUGGCCCCACCCAAAUAAACGUGACCACCAACAAUGACAGAGACGAUAUUAAACGCAUUCAGCCAAGAAGCCCCAGCCUUGCACAAAGCAGUCCUCCGCACUCAUCUGCCAAACCACCCACAGCCGCCAAGACCAGUAUCCCAAGUAGCACUAAAGACAUGACCAAGGCAGCCCCCCAUCUAAUGCAUGACGCGAGACCGCAGCCUUCUGUCACAGUGUCAGACAGUGUCGAUGCACCACAGCCGGUGACGCUGUUUGGUCCAGUUAAAAAGUUCAGACCAGUGAUCAGCAGAUCUGUGGAGAGGGAGACGUCUGUGCACAGCAGCCUGAUGGAGGCAAUCCAGACAGGGGGAGGCAGGGACAGGCUCAAGAAGAUAUCCAACUCUGCAUCCAGCUGCACAAACAAAGGAUCUUAUGUUGAGGAGGAGAAUGAGAGGUCCGCUCUUCUGGCCGCUAUUAGAGCCCAAAGCCCCUCCGGCAGGCUGAGGAAGACAAAAUCUGAGGCUGCAGAUGAACUCGACAACUUCAGGAAGCUGGUCUCUGUGAAGGAGAGAGGAAUAGACCCUCCCUCUUCUCCCUCUCCUCCCUCUUUGACUUCCCCUUCACCCCCUGUCUUCUCCUUGCCACCACCACCACCACCUGCGCUCAUGGUUGCACCCCCUCCUCCUCCGCCUGUCUUGCCCCAGGGUAAGCUGAGCGCUGUGGCAAAUCCAAGCAGUAACACCCCUAUGGACCCUGCCACGACCAGGGAGGCAAUGCUGCAGGCCAUUCGCUCUGGAUCUGCUGCAGAGAGGCUAAAAAAGGUGGCUGUGCCCAAAAACACCAUCCAUGUGAAUGGGAGACUGGGAACGAUCCAAGCAACCUCCGCAGCCCUCCCAUAGCAAUGAGAGGGGAAGCCCACGCCACCGCAACGAGGAAUCAUUUAUCAAAUUUCAUUUUUGGAUUUUGCUUUUUUUUCACUUUGUGCUUUUGCAACAGACAUUUGGAAAACUGGAUUGAGUCAUAUUUUGAGUGAAUGUUAUUAUUAUUAUUAUUUGAACCUUACAUCUCUCACCACCAGUCUUGGGCCUUAUGCCUUUAAAGGAGCUUUGAAGCAGUAAGAGUUAUUAUCUCUUCUUUCAUCCACUUCAUUUCCUCCUGUAAGGGGAAUACUACUCUGUUAGUCGCCAAACACCUGUAACAUCUGUCUGAUAAAGGUGUGGUAUAGGUGAAAGGUUUGCUGUCAAGGUUAUCCAUAAUAUUCUUUUUCUCAGCUUCUAACAACAGCUCGCUGGAGGAUGCUUGUGUUCAUCCACAUAUCAUAGUGUUGUUCCUACACAUAUCUUGCCAUCUGUACUUGAAUUCAGUAGUUUGAACUGGAACGUUGUACAAAACGUGUGCCAAUGUAAGCACAUUUAAGUUGUUGAUGCUAUUUUCAGAUAUUUUUAUUUUAUUUUAUUUGCUUUUACCACAGUAAGUUGUGGAUGCCUUAAACUGUUGCUCAGUGUUAUGUAUAUUAUGUUUGCUGUAAAAGAAAAAUCCUUGAAGGGUGCAAUAAGUUGGAUCUGAUGAUGUUUCCACGCUUGGACUACUUAAUAUUUGUUCAAAAAAAUAAGACUAAUGAAAUCUUAAGGACACUUGUGAAUAUAACGGAUAGAUCCAUAUAUUACAUGCAUAUUAUUUUACUCCGAUUUGGUCUAUGAUGCCAACUUUUACAGUUCUUGGCUCUGAGGAGUACGAUGAGGGCUGACUAGUUCAUUAUGCUCCUGUUUCAGCUUCUAACUGUCACUUGCUGCUGUUUAUGAUUUAAAAACAUUGUCUAACAUGGUCUGUACCCUGCAGAUACAUAUAUUUGUAUCAGUGCAAUAUGAUUGACCAUGCCUUCUUCAUUUUUGAUAUAUUACUUACUUAGAUGAGGCUUUUGAUAGUUUUGAAGCACAGUUUUUGAAGUAUGUCGUUGGUGGAUGCCACAAUGAGCAAAGAGAUUUGUUUUUGUUUUUUUCCGAUUAAUCAACCAGUCACCACCAAUGUGUAAAGGCUAUAUAAUGCAAAAAAAGAAGUUGUAGAUAAGCAGAUGUUAUCUAUGGCCUUGUUUAGGCAAAUGUUAGUGCAUUUCAUUCUGGUCCUCUGUAGGAAGUUUACAGUGUGGAGUCACUGUGUCUCAUAGAGGGAGAGUGCACCAUUACCAUUAAAUGGUAUAGUUGUGGAUAAAGUCGGAUGUUCACGCUGAAUCUUUAGAAUGUAGAAAAACCUAGAGCGUCCGUGUUCAGGUGUAAACGCUUUUUGCUGCUCAGUAAAGGAAGCUGAAAUUAUCUAUGUAAGAUUUAUUUUAAUUUAUGCUGUUUCAACUUUAAAAAAACCUUUCUUUACUGUUUUAUGUUUUAUCUUGAGAGUGAAAACCAUGAGAGCUUUUUGAUGCUUUUUUCUUUCUCUUACUAGAAAGAGUUGUUUAAUUUCCACUAGAUGGUUUCAUCUACACACAAUAGCCUACAGCACAUUGUAGCAUUGUAUAUUUGUAAACUUUAAAGAUGGAUGAUCGUUGUGAUAGAUUUGUUUAAAAUCUUUGAUAGAGAGCCACGAUAGCACAAACAUUUUAUAAGCUAUUGCUUUUUGAGUUGUAAUUGCACAUUUGUUUUUUGUUUUUUUUCAGAAGGCUGCACACGUUAUUUUUGUCUACCUAAUUUUUGAUUCAAUAAAUAAUUUUGUAAUCAA